AUGGAGGUUGCUCCUCUUCCCGAGGCCCCUGAGCCAGCACCGGUCCCCGCCGCUCUCCCAACAGACGAAGGUGCCGGCCCUCCGUCCGCCGGGGAGGAGCCCGCAGCUGACCCUGCCUGGGCCGAGUAUGCCUCCCUGGGCUCUGCCGCGGAGCUGCUGCUGCGCAGCCUGCUGGCAGACCGCGCGGGAGCGCCAGGGCUGGGGAGCAGGGAAAGUGUGGAGCUGGCCUUCAGCGAGGGCCAGCGCUACGCAGGGGCAAUGCAGGACGGACGACUGCAGGGGCCGGGCCGCUACACGUGGCCCGAUGGGCUGCAGUUUGAGGGGAGCUUUGAGGGAAGUUGUGUGGGCGCACAGGGCACCAUCACAUGGCCGGACGGGGCACGCUACCAGGGGCAGGUGGAGGCGGGGCGGCCGCAUGGGGUGGGCAGCCUGAGCCUGGGGCCGGCCCAGGCGGGGGUGCAGUACAGCGGGGAGUGGUGCCACGGGCAGCGCCACGGCAAGGGCCGCCUGGUGCUGCGCACGGCUGCGUCUGGCGCGCCCAGCAGCUGGUACUCGGGGGACUGGGUGGCGGACCGCCGGCACGGCUGCGGCACGCACGUGUUCCCCUCAGGCAGCGUGUACCGCGGGGAAUGGCACGCCGACCGCCGCCACGGCCGGGGCACCAUGGUCUGGCAGGCCAACGCUCACAAGGGGCCGCCCGCGCUCGCGCUGGGGACGACGGCCACAGUAUCGCCCCCGGCCAUCGUGAUCUACCGUGGCGACUGGCAGGACGGGCUGCCGCAUGGCAGCGGGGAGCAGGUGUGGCUCCCGGCGGGGGAGCGCGUGGACGCGGCGUGGCUGCGGGGCGAGGGGCCCCUCGAGCUGGCGCUGCCGCCGCUGCUGGCCAACCGCUACACGGGGCGCAUGGAGCGGGGCCGCAGGAUGGGGGAGGGCGCCUUCGCCUACGCGUCGGGAGCACAGUACAAGGGUGUGUGGGCCGACAACCUGAAGGCCGGCCCUGGCGUGCUUGUCUCGGAGAGCGGGGUGGCCCAGCCAGUGGCGUUUGACGGCGACCGCCUGGUGGCUGCGGCGGGCGAGGCAGGCCGGGCGGGCGCCGCGGAGCCGGAGCCCGUGGUGGUGCACGUGGACGACCUGCUCGAGAGCGACGUGGACGGCGAGCGUGGCGCGCGCGCCCUGGCGCACGUGCUGCUGCGCACCACCAGCGAGCUGCGCGCCGUGUACGCCCGCUACGCGCGAGCGGGCUCCUCUGCCGCCACCGACGCGGCCGUCAUGACGGCCUCGCAGCUAGGGGCGCUGCUCAAAGACGCCAAGUUACUCUCGCCGGAGCUGCCCCUGGCGCGCGUGCAGCGCAUGCUGGCGGCCCGCUUUGGCUGUGGCGCUGCGGGCGGCCCGCUGCUCUUCUGGCAGUUCGUGGAGGCCGUCGUCCGCGUGGCGCACCUCCAGCAGCACGACCCCGCGCCGCUCGCAGCCAAGGUGCAGCGCGCCAUCAUGACCCAGCUGCUGCCCCUCGCCUCACUGCGUGCAUCGCCCGCGUCGGAGCGCGUUGCUAGCUUCCUGGCGUCGUCGGCGGGGGCCCAGUUCACGGCGGCGCGAGCGGAGCUGCUGCUUGGCGUGCUUGCCGCGGGGAGUGCGGCCAUCACUGCAGGACACGUGUUGGCGCUGGUGCAGACAUGCUGGGGGGCGGCCCCGGGCGCAUUGCCUGCGCGGGAGGCGGCAUUUGCGGUGCUGGAGGGGAUGGGUGUUCUAGACGACAGCGCUGGCGACGAUCCAUACGCCGCGUUUUUGUUGAACACCCCGCUCACGCCGGCCGACGUCUGGACCGCUGUGUUUGGGCAUGUUGAUAAGCUCGGGGGCGGGACGGGUCCACUGAGCUUGGUGGCGGACAAGGUAGACGCUGGCCUGCGCGAGGCUACACUAGCAGGGGCGAGCAAGCUACAGCAGGAGCCCCACGAUAUCAAGACGAGGCCCUGCAUUCAUGAGUGCAAGCCGGAUUGGGGGCUUGGUCAAGUAACCUAAGUUGGAAACCUAGUCACGGGCUUAGCCUUAAAAAGAGAACGUGUCGGAAGAUGCGGAGCACACAUUCGGGCGGGUAACAUGGGCAGCCGUCGGCGCGAUGGCUAUGACCAGCCUCUUCCAAGAGGGGAAAAAUACCAAGGGCAUAUACGAAAGGUGAUGUAGCCAGGCACCGGCCCAAGUAUAUCGAGGAGGUAGGAAACGUAACGACGUCACUGAGUGCGCAAUGAACAUGCAUGGGCCGAAGAUUGACAUACAAUACACGCGCAGCAAAGGUCAUUGGGCG